CUCUAUCAAACCAAAUAGAACUAUUCGAAAUGUCUGCUAUCAUCGCCAAGGCUACUGGUUUCGUCAACAGCACUGUGGCUAAGUCCACCCAGCUCGCUAACUGCGCCGUUUACUGGGGUAAGGUUGGUGCCGAAGUCGGUAAGGUUAUCUACAAGAAGGAAGGAUUAGCCCCACCAACCACCAAGGAAUUUGAAACUGUUUUCCAAAACGCUGUCAAGUUCCUCAAGUCUGGUGAACAACAAAAGCAAUUCCUUGAAAAGGCUGCUGCUUUCAAGCCAACCAAGGAAUGUGCCGUUAAGGCCGGUAUUUACGGUACCCAAUUAUUGGCUUUUUUCUCUGUUGGUGAAAUCAUUGGUAGAAGACACGUCUUUGGUUACCCAUCUGUUGGUUCCAACCACCACUAAGCCUGUACCAUAUAAAAGGAGAGUCCGAGGAUAUUUAGAAAAUACACGUAUUUAUAAAAAAAAAA